AUGUCGAACAUCAACUCUUCAGACAACGUGUUAUAUGAAUAUGUAAAUUUUGAUGAUUUCGAUGUAGAAUCAAAGCGAUUUUGGAUUUCAAUCUUGAUUUUUGUCAGGAAACUUUGUUCGUGUCUCGAAUAUGCACGUUUCGUGAUUGCUUUCUUUGGAUUGUUUGGAAGUAUUUUUCAUUUAACAGUUCUCACUCAAAAACCAAUAAGAAACUCUUCAGUUACUAUAUUUCUAAUUGGAAUUGCAACUUGUGACCUCGUUCGAAUGUUUGAAACAAUUUUCUCACUAGGAAAAAUGUACUAUAAACAGCUGUUAUUCCUCCAUAUUUCGCAAACUUGUGUGCCUCCACUCUCAUAUAUAGAUAUGACCAUUUUUGUAGUUUUGAAUGCAUUAGAUAUGAUUUCCGUGGACCUGUCAGUUUGGUUUGCAGUUGGUAUGACCACAUUUCGUGCUUUAAUCAUGCGUUACCCAUUUCAGCCACGAAUCAACUCACUCGUUACAUCAAAAGCUGGUGUGUAUGCAGUAAUUCCUACGUCCCUGCUGACAUUAUUAUUUUUGGCAUUUUAUCAUCAUAGACUCACUCUUCACCCAAUAUCCAUUUGGCAGCCUUCCCCCGAUUGUUUAGAUUUUCCAUCAAACUAUACACAAAUUGAGUACUAUUGGCUGGCGACUGAUUUCUCAGGAAACUUGAGCAAUGGAAUAAUUGAAGUACUGAUAAAUGUAGAGGGAAUAUUAUUCAAAUUUAUUCCAUCUAUUAUUCUUUUGGCUGUAACUUUGCUUCUGGUUUUUGAGCUCAGAAAAUUGAAAAUUGUAAAACUGACAACAAAAAACAAGAGGGACACAAAAAGAACAUCAAAGUUAGUAUUAUUUGUAACUUUCACAUUCAUUAUUGCAAUCAUUCCACAAGGAGUUUUAUAUACUAUUAUGCUCAGUGUGCAAGAAGGAACUAUUAUCAGGUCUAUUGUUGAUAAAUUAUCAGUUACGUAUUCAUUUUUAUCAGUGCUUAAUGGUACCGUUCAUCCCUUGAUUAUUUACUUCAUGACAUCUGAAUACCGUACCGCGGCUAAACAAAUCUGCUUCUUUUGGAAAAAGCAGACGAAUUCAACGUCGAGUGUCAAUAUCAUUUAG